CGAGUCGACCUAUUGUAGAGAGGAAAGGCGUUGUUACUUGUUACCUUACCUCACUCAAUUUCGGCUCUCCCCAAAACCAAACCCUAAUAAUCAAGUUUCCAUCUUUUUUUUUUCUAUUUUUAAUUCAUGACCCUUCUUCUUCUCGCUUUUUGAGAGAAAGUCAAGCCCUUUAAUUGACUUGUUGCACUUGCGCCAAAUUUCUGAAAAUCUGGGGUGUCCGUAAAUGCCUUGUUGUGGUCUGGCUUGAAUCUUUUCGGAAAAAAAAUCGUUGAUGGGUUCGGGAAAUCACGAAGUAGUGGAUGUUAGUUCAGACGAGGAGGUCGAUGCGCGUGUCGACGACUUCGAUUGGCUUAACGAUCUGUCUUCGGACAGCACCGAUGUAGUCGAGGUGCUUUCUGAGGUUAAAGCAGGCAGCGUUGAUUCUCUGUAUCGGAAACCAAAAGCUCUGGAGGAUGAAGACGAUGACGAUUGUGUGAUUCUCGAUGGUGAUCCUGACAAGACAACCAAGACUGAUGCUGUUGGCGAUGAUGAUUAUAAAUUAGCCAAGGAUGACGACGAUGAUGAGGUGCUUGUAGUGGGGCAAAAGGGUGAGAUUGCGUGUCGAGAUUUCCCUCAUCCCAGACAUUCCUGUGCUAAGUACUCAUUCGACUCAACAUCACAUGAGAAAUACUGCGACAUGUGUCACUGUUAUGUGUGUGACAUCCCUGCUCCAUGUCCAUACUGGUGUCUCGCUCUCUCCAGCAUAGAGCAUUGUCAUGCUAAUGACAAAGAGAAGAUAUGGAGGAAUCAACGAGAGUUCUUCAGGACCGGAAUCAUGCCCACCGAACCAUCUCCAAAGCUUACUACUACUACACCCUUACCAGCUCCUCCUGGGACAGUGACCCGCCAGAUCUCACCCUCUCCUAUUCCAAAUAUCAUCAGGUUGCACCAAAACCCCAUGACUGGGAUCCGGCCUUGCUCUUCAUCUAAUCUGCCAAACGUCACAGGCAGGCAUAGAGUUCCGCACAAUCAUGGGUUGCAGUCAUUGAUCAGUGGUCGCAGCAGCAACGUCAUCCGAAAGGAUAGAAGUUCUUAUGUUGCUAACUCGAGGUCGCGAGUAGCCUAUCCAGGAGCUCGGUAUGGUGCACGAAAUGGUAGCAACAGCAAGGUGGGUCCAUAUACCAAUGCUAAAGUUUCACAGUCCACCAACCAUAUCUCUUCCGUAGUGGCACCACCACCACCACCACCACCAAUAACAGCAGAAAUGUACGCUCAACUACAACAACGCAGUCGUCAGGUCAAUGUCCCUGCUUAUAGUGCAGCAGCAGUGACCGGGUCUCAGAGCAAUGUUGUUUACACUCAACAUUCAGGCCAGAGCAAGAGUGUCGGUCAGUUUCAGGCAAAUGCAGGUCUGUUUGCGCCACCUGAAACUCAUCUUACCAACGGAGGAUUGCAAGCACAGACAGUUCAACAGCCGCAACCACCGGGAACUAAUGAUGAUAACGUCUUGCAGACCAAACUGUCGGAAGUUGAGAGCUGGCUUAUGGACAGCUCAAACCAAGCCGGACUGGUUAGCACGCUGGCUGAACCGGUAGUAGGUGAAGACAAUGUUAGUCCGUUGACAUUCGAUUUUGAGAACUUCUUGAAUGACUGAAACCAUAACUAUAGUUUGUAAGAAACCCAGCUUUCCUCUCACUGGAUGUGGUAUGAAUUGUAGAGUGAGCUUAGCUAGCUACUUGAAUCUAUAAUCGUGUAUAUAAAUUUAUUAGCUGUUGUUACUA